AUCAUCCAUCCAAGCCUAUCAAUCUCCAUUCUCUCCUACAACACCAAUCAACUUUUCUCGAGUCUCUCGUCUCCAGUCCACCUCAGCCAAAAUGAAGUUCUUCGCCGUCGCUGCUCUCUUCGCCGCCACUGCCCUGGCCGGCCAGCCUCCCGCUUUCUACCACAAGGGCCAGCCCGUCAGCCUGGAGCAGGCCCAGAACGCCUGUGGUAAUGGCGCGAAGCCCUCGUGCUGCAACAGCAAGAAGGCCGAACUGUCCAAGGACCAGACCGGCGGCGGCCUGCUGGAUCUCCUCUCCCAGGGUCUCAGCGAUGGCCUUGGCAGCUACGAAGGCUGCUCUUCGCUGGCUAAUGUCCUGGCCGGCGGUAAAUCUUGCCAGAGCCUCCCUACCUGCUGCGAUGGCAACCAAAACGAUCAACACGGCAGCCUCCUCGCUCUCAACGCCGCGAACUGCGUCCAGAUCCCCAUCAACAACCUUCUGGGCUAAGCGCUGUCUUCCAGAACCCUGUGGAAAAAAGUUUUCUGGGACAGUUGUGAAUAUAGUACGCGAUGUACAGUGGGGGUCCUCCGUGUGAGAAAGGCUCCUCGAGUUGUUAUGUUUCUAUUUCGCAUGCCAUCGGAUCGAACUGCCUGGUUCAACGAUUCAAAGGCCAUUUGCAUUGUUUUCUAUUCGCUCGUUUAUGUACCACGCGCCGGCCUAGCUGGUUUAGCUUGAAUAUGUUGGAGCAAUAGAUUUUGUUACAAUCCCUGAAC